CUUGUAUAGUUAAACCAAAAUGACAUAUUUUACUUAAUAAGCUGGUCAAGAAAAUAUUAGAAAAAUGUUAUACAAAUUUUUAUACUUAUUAUUUUUGAUAUUCCCUGUUUGCUUCGGAAGAAUACAUAAAUUAGAAAUAAGGAAUGAUGUUCGCCGAUAUAUUGCGCUGAGUACAUUUGGAUUUUACAAAGGUGGUUAUUUAGAUGUUAAAUUGAAAAAUUUCCGUGUUAAACCAGAAGAUGAAACAUCGAAGUUUGGAUUCUCAUUAGAUCGGACUAUGAAUGAUGCCAUGAAUCCAUAUUUGGAUAGUCAUCAAGAAAAUUGCUUGCUACAAAAUUUCCCAUCAAAUGGACAUGAUUCAUCAGUUGUGUAUUUCACAUUAAAUUUUAAAAGUUUGAAAUUAGAUUUAAAUUGUAGUGAGCAAUUAAGACAGAAAUUGCACAUUUAUAAAGAUAAAAAUCAGAUUAGACGUUUAAAAAGACAUUCCUUAACAGAAAUGAGUGAUUCAUCACUUUUUCUACAAAAGAGAGAAACACAAGGUCUCCAAGAUGAUACGUUUGAUCAAUCCGCAAAUCAAAUAUUCCGAUUGCAAAAAAUUGAAGGGAAAGAUGGAUAUAAUUAUUACAACACAAAUUUUGUAAUGUGGGUUGCAAGUGAAGCUGAAGAAGGACUUUAUAACUUAUACUUCCAUAGUUGCCCCAAUUAUGAAAAAAAGACAGUUGCUUUGAAUUUUGAUAUGGAAAUUGAAGAACAAAAUUAUUGGGAUUCACAUAAAAAUUAUUUAUCAGCUGGAGAAAUGCCACUUCCUGCUUUAUAUUUUAUGAUGUCUUUGUUAUUCUUUUUAUCUGGUUGUUUUUGGGUGUUUAUUCUACAUAAGAGCAGCCAUCCGGUUUUCAAAAUACACUAUUUAAUGGCAGUUCUUGUUUAUCUGAAGUCAUUAUCAUUACUAUUUCAUGGAAUCAAUUAUCAUUUUAUUGAAACAAAAGGUGAACAUGUUGCUGCAUGGGCGAUUUUAUAUUAUGUAGCUCAUUUAUUAAAAGGAGCCGUAUUAUUUAUUACAAUUGUUUUAAUUGGAACUGGCUGGACUUUCAUUAAACAUAUUUUGGCUGAUAAAGACAAGAAAUUAUUUAUGAUUGUUAUCCCUUUACAGGUUUUGGCUAAUGUUGCUGACAUAAUAAUUGCUGAAAGUGAAGAAGGUGAUAUGGAACAUAAAACAUGGCUGAACAUAUUUGUUUUAGUUGAUUUAAUGUGUUGUGGUGCCAUAUUGUUCCCUGUGGUAUGGUCUAUAAGGCAUUUACAGGAAGCAUCGCAAACCGAUGGGAAAGCUGCAAUCAAUCUAAGAAAAUUGAAACUUUUCCGACAUUUUUACAUCAUGAUUGUAUGCUAUAUUUAUUUUACACGAAUUAUCGUCUAUCUGUUAAGGAUAACAGUACCAUUCCAAUAUGAAUGGUUGGAUGAAAUGUUCAAAGAAAUGGCAACUUAUGUAUUUUUUGUUUUAACGGGUUAUAAAUUCAGACCAGCUUCAGCCAAUCCAUACUUUAUGUUGAGUUUUGAUGAUGAUGAUGACGAGGAAAUCGAUAUUGUGAUAACAGAAGCAGAUGAUAAAGAAGGAUUUACAAAAUUAGUUCCAAGAAAUAUCCACAAGUCAGCGAUUUUAGAAAGUACCGAUGAAGAAAAAGAUAAUUUAAUUAAUAAACGUGAAAGUAGUCACGAAUAUGAUUGAAUUAAUUAAUAUAUUUAUUGAAUUCCAAGGAUUAUAAUUAGAUAUGUAUUAUAAAUAAAUAAUUAGCGUUUUUUGCAUCCAUUGUAAAUGCGUACACGUAUGCGUUAAUCAUAUUCCAUUUGUAUGGUCUUAUUUUAAUCAAUUUUUGUUGCUCUACAUAUGUUUUUUUUUUUCCGUGUAAUCGAUUUGAUUACGUCACACGUAUAAAAUUAAUAUGUUCUAACAAAUGUUUACAAAUUUCAUGUUUUUUUUUUAAGUUUCAUAAUCUGUAAAAGUAAAUUCUUGUUUUAAAAUUUUAAUCAUAAUAACUUUUGUAUUUUAUAAGGGAAAAAAAGGCAAAACAAUUGGGAUCUGACAAAAUAACGGGGACAAAAUAACUUAUUUAUAUUAGUUUGAUCUUGUUUUAAAUUUUUGUACAUUUUGUUAGGAAAGUUGUAAAUAUUUUAUACUUUAUAAAUUAUCUUUAGAUCUCUACGUUCCGAUACGAAUAUUGUAAAUUUUUUAAAGAAAAAAAAAUACAGUUGAAUUGAGAACCUCCUCCUUUUUUUGUUUGAAGCCGGUUAAAAAUAGCACCAAAUCACAGCAGUAAAAAUUAAGUUUAUUUUCCCAUUUAUUAUCAGAAAAUCGUCUAUAAAAAAAAAAGAUUGGUCCGUGAUUGAAAGCACUGGAAUUGAUUUACAUUUAAACAAAGGUUAUACACGUGUUUCAAAACAUUGUUUUGAAGAAAAAAAAAUCGUUUAAAAUCAAUUUUUCGAAAAUUCUAGAGUAUAAUGUUAUGUUAAAAUAAAACGACCACAAGACUAAAGUUACAUCAAUUAUUCUCAUUAUAUAAAACAGUUCAUUUUUGGCCGUCAUACGUUAAUCAUUAAUUUUCCAGAUCCCAAUUUGACUGUAAAAUUAAAAAUGUAAUCAAUUCAUGUACAAUUAAGUUUAUUUAUCUGGGAAGUUUUUGGAUUAAACCUAGCGAAUUCACAUCAAUGGUUGUAGUAAAUAUUAUGAGUAUACAAAGAGAUUCGUUCUAUUUCCUGUUUCUUGAAUUGAUGACUUAAAAACUGUUAAAAGACUGCCAUAUUGUGAUUUCAAUUUAAUUUAUAAGUUUACAUCAGUUUGAAAUGUCAUUUGCUCAUAAUUAGUAUC